GUUCUCACCAAAUUCUGUUAUCAAGUAGUCCGACCAUAUAUUGUCCCAACGUUAGUCAUUUUGUAACCAAUGUCGAUUAGUUAUAACACCUCCAAAAUGCCCUCAAUCACCGCCAUAACAAUCUUCAUCUUCGGCCUCAGCGCCUUCAACCACGGCGUCAGCAAUCUCAUCUCCCCGCGCAAGGGCCUCACCGCAAAGCAAUUGCCAGAGUCUGCCCUCCCCGCACUCAACGGCUUUUCAGUCGCCAUCAUCGGAAUCGGCAUCUACUACAUGCUGGCUGCCUAUCAAGAGAACCGAGGCUUCUUUGCCCUCACCCUGGCGCGAUUCAUUUCAGCCAGAAUCUUUUGGGUGCAAGGACCUGCUUGGAGAGUAAUUGCAACAUGGGAGGCAUUCUCAGCUGGUCUCACAGCUGUCGCUCUGGCUUAUGAGGGCUACUAUGGGAGGUACGCAGGAUGGCCAGAUGGAACUCUCUAAUAAGUUCCCGAGCAUCGAGAGUCUAGCUAGGGGAGGCAAGAAAGUUCAGGACCUUGAUCUUGAGUGAUGGAAAGACUUGGGUAAUUUAACAUAAUCUUAAGAUUCACUUUAUUUAGUUUACCUUAACAUCCUAUAUCAAGGUCGGAUGUUUUCUUGGUCCCCAGGGCCUAGGCACGAGUUUUUGUGAUUAAGGGAGGGUCAUCUGGAUUUAUUGAGAACCUGCUUCAGACUGGUUUUAUUGGCUGUUCUAUUGGCCAUCGCGGAAUCUUUUGAGGAGAAGCUGAUGGAAACAAGAUAUGGUGUCGCCAUACACCCGUGUGUACAGCAUGAAGCUUAACCUGAUGGCCAGCUAAUAUACCCUGAAUAUUUGAAAUGGAGCAAAGUGUAAUCUUUGAGAGUUUUGAUACAGCCA